AUGGCAGCGUACACGAGCCUCCUCCUGGUGAUCGCCCUCUGUGCCGCCACAGCUCUCUCUCUACAGUGCUAUACCUGUGUAUCGGAAUCUUCCAACGACGACUGCCUGGCAGAGGGGUACUGCACUAUUGGGGAUACGUAUUGUCAGACCUCGGUGGCGUCCGUCACCAUAGCUGGGAUUUCAUUCUCUAACAUCAAUAAGGAUUGUGCAUCGUUGUGUUCUCCUUCCAGCACUAACAUCCUCGGCAUCUCCAGCUCCGUCUCUUGCUGCUCCACCGACCUGUGUAACGUCAGCGGCGGCGCCAUCGUCAAGUCCAGCUACGCCGCCAUCCUCCUGGCGCUGGGAUCCAUCCUGAAGAGCUCAGUCCUGUAA